CUUAAACUACUGACGAAUUGAAGCAACAACAGACGAACUUUCGUAACUUUGAGAUGAAAUUCACCUCGAGGUUUGAGGCUUUUGGUCGGGGUAAGCACUUUUUGAAAUACAUACUACGAUGUAAUAAAAUUUUGAUAACAAGGUUAAUAUAUAAUGGAAGUUUCGAUCAAAUAUAACCUUCUUGUGAAUAGCGUUUAGAUGUAAGUAUUGUUCACAGCCAUGAUGAUUAUGAACCCUAAAGUAAGCAUUAAAAAUUCGUAAGCUUGCGCGAGAGGUCGUAUUUUUCCUUUAUAAUUGGUCUUCCAGUGUUAUCAAUAUGCUAGACUUAGAAGAUCAAUAAUUUUUUUUGGAAAAAAGUGUCGUGUUGCUGGCGUGAUAUUGAUGCUGUCAAAAUCAUAAAAAAGAUUCAAUUUUGCUGUACCUUAGCACACAGAGUAGGGAGUCAUAUUUGACUAUAUUUCCAAAUAGACGCACCCAACUAGUUGACUGACUGUCAAUACUGGUGAUUACACCAUACACUUAUAAUCCUCACUAAUUCUAUUGUGGCAAUGGUCAACUCAAAAGCUUUGGCCACUCCUCUCUUUCUUUCGCAUUUCUUAGGCAUUUUUUGUUAAUGAAGUGAAAGUUAUAUAACUGAAAUAGGUGUAAAUAAAUGUAAUCAAAUCGGGAAAUUGUCAUCCUAAAGGGGAGGACCCCUGUGGCAUUUGUGGGCAGCUGACUUUUUGGAAGAGCCUUUGAUGAAAAUUCCCAUCCUAAGCCAUGAAAAAUGAGUAUACUCAAAUCAAAUUCUCUCUCCUUGGACAAACAAUAUUGAUUUAAGCAUUAGAGUUGUAUUUAUUUCAGGAACAAUUGAUACACAUUUUGAAAAUAUUCUGAAGGAAAUGGUGUGAUCAAAGCUACUGUUCCAUUGUCUGUUAUCGUACGGUUUUGUGUAGUUAUUACAGAACUAAAACUUAUUGUGUUAACAUUUUAGAGUUGAUCGGACAAAGAAUUUUCAGUUAUGGGACCUUCUCCAAGGCUAGAGGAGUACUGAACCAUCUGGCUGGUGUCAGUGAAAACAAAGUGCGUGGAGUGCAAUCCUGUGGAUCCCCAAAUUUAUCUUCUGGUAAGUUUGGAGCAGUAAUAACGAAAACAACAGAAUCAGCCCAAGAUACUCCAGUUACAGUAAUCCUUGGAUGGAAUAGCUCCAGAGGAAAACAUCUUAAAAAGUACAGCAAGAUAUUUGAAGACAAGUCCUUUGACACCAUCUGUGUUCCAGCAAAACCAGUCAACACAUUUCUUAGACCAGGAACCAAGGUUAAAACAAUUGGUCUUUACAUUUUGGAUCUUUUGGUUGACCUUAACUGUCAAAAGAGGCCUGUGUUCCUCUAUGCAUUCAGCAAUGGUGGCUGUGCUUUGUUUUUUCAUAUUAUGGAAGUCCUCUCAUAUCCAACUACAGCAUACUAUCGGGCAGUACCAGUUGUUGGGACAAUCUUUGAUAGCUGUCCCAUUAAUCCAGACAUUAAAAGUUUGCAAGCCACAAGAGAGAGUGUUACUGACAUGAUCAAAAAUCCAAUCAUGAAAGCAGCAUUAUGGUACAGCAUGACUGCCUUUAUUCCUCCUGUUAUCUACCUAAAUGGCACUGUGAAACGUUUCAUGUCAGGUAUGAUAGAAUCUCCACUUCUAUGCCCACAGUUGAUUUUGUACUCAAAGACAGACAAGUUUGCUCCAUACCAGGACAUUGAUUCCUAUAUUCAAGCAAGGAGACACAAGGGCAUUCACGUUACAUCCAAAUGCUGGAACAGCUCAGAACAUGUUAAUCAUUACAGAGAACAUACUGACGAGUACUUACAGGAACUUAAUGCUUUCACUGAUUUUUGCUUAACUUCAUACCAUGAUCAGAAAAAGUGAAUUUUCAUCAUUAGAUAAAUCACACCCAAUAGUAGCCAACACAGUGAUUUCUCAAGUUUCCUUUCAGUAUCCGACAUGAAGUUGGCUUGCGGGUGGCCCCAAAAAACAGAGUAACUAUGUUUGAAAUGUGGGGUUUUCAAUUGCUUAAAUAUUGGGAAUGACUAUACAAUGAAUGCAUUUUAAUAAUUAUUAUUAUCCUUGGUAUUAAAGUUCUCUGGGGUGAGUUACAAUGUUAGUUACCAUAUUUUAACAUCCUACUGGCAAGAUGAUGUAGGCAUGCUUAGUGCCCUGCUCUGCUCUGGAGCUAUGCAGGUAUGAAGGUCACAUUGUGAUUUCUUUGGGUUGCUAAAAAAUGCGCAAGAGACAAGUCACCUGAAAUGAGUUAACACCUGUGGUUGGGUUAGGAUUUUUGCAAUUAAUUUCUCUGAGGCCUUUGAUUCCGUGAAACACUUUAUUUGAUAAGUUUUUAAAAGUUUUUUACCAAUCCUUGCAUUGUGAAGUGAUACAACCAUCUUUUAAGAAAAAACUCUAUAAAGUCUACAAAGCUCGGUAUGAAGUGAACUUCUCAUCAGAAAAAACAGGUUUAUAACUCUGCUUAAAACUUUAAAGGUCAUUGAAUGGAAAAAUCGCUGAAACAAUUUCUCGUUGGAACAGAUUAAAAUACUUCACUAUCAGAACCAACAGAGUCAUGUACAAUGAGGAGGGUGACAUUAUUAACAAAUGGUAAAACUGUAGCGCCACCGUACACAGUUGACUCCUACAGGACUUUCAGUCCCUCUACACGACUCCAAUAAAAACAUACGGAGUCAUACGAGGGUGGAAGUACUACAAAGUAAGUCUUGGUGUAAAAUAACUUUGAUUUGUAGCCAAGCAACUUCUGAUUUGUGGCGAAACGACUUCGACAUGAAGCUAAAUGACUUUGUAGUGAAAAAAAACAUCAAGAUACAACAGCUGAUACUUUUAGCUGGCGGGUAACUUUUCUGAAAUUUCUUGAUAGUGUCCUUAUCACAGCCUACUCAACCUACUGGUCGCCUUACACUCUCGGUGGUCUGCACGGGGAUAUAGCUUCGACAGUUGAAAGUUUAUUUGUUUUUCCAAUUUGACGGUCGACGGUUACUUUUUAAGACCUUUGACGGUCAACGGUUAAAUUUCAGUGCCUGUGAUGGUUGACAUUCACUGGAAGAUAUAUUUCUAUGCGUUAAAAUUUAUAUUAAGUUUCUCUGUUUUUAUUAUAAUCAUUAUUAUUUUGAAUAAUGAAUGUUACUUCAGUAUCUCGCAC